AUGGAUGGAAACAAAGAUGAAGCGUUGAAGUGUUUAAAAAUUGGGAAAGACGCGUUAGGGUUAGGCGAUCGAACUCGCGCUUUAAAAUUCAUCAAGAAAGCUCAACGAUUAGAUCCUUCUCUUCCCGUUGACGAUCUGUUAUCAACUCUAGAAACCACAAAUGAAUCACCAAAGUCAUCGCAGACCGGUGCCGGUGAUGGUGAUAGCUCUAACGUUCGGCGUAGGGUUCCGGGAACUGGAUCUUCAUCCGGUUCAUGUACAGAAGAACAGAUCACAAUCGUGAGGGAGAUCAGAAGGAAAAAAGAUUAUUACGAUAUACUAGGGCUCGAGAAAACUUCUAGUGUUGAAGAUGUUAGAAAAGCUUACAGGAAACUCUCUUUGAAAGUUCAUCCUGACAAGAACAAAGCACCAGGAUCCGAAGAAGCCUUCAAGAAAGUCUCCAAAGCUUUCCAGUGUUUAAGCGUUGAUGAAAAUCGAAAACAGUAUGAUCUAGUCGGGUCAGAUGAACCCACUUACGAAAGGCAAACAACCAGGCGUAGGACCCAUCAAGGAUUCAACAAUGGCUUCUUCUACAAUCAAGAAGUAGAUGCAGAUGAGAUUUUCAGAAACUUUUUCUAUGGAAUGAACCCAAGAACCACAACCCAGUUCACCGGGUUCAAUUUUGGACCCGGAAUGGGUACAAGAACAGGUGUAAACGGGUCGGAUGGGUUUAAUAUACGGGCUUUGCUUCAAUUUUUGCCAGUUAUUAUCAUUCUGAUUUUCAGCUUCUUGCCUUCUAAUGAACCUGUUUAUUCUCUUCAAAGAACAUAUACCUAUGAUUAUCGUUUGACUACACAAAAAGGGGUUAAUUAUUUUGUGAAAUCACGCAACUUUGAACAAAAGUAUCCAUCAAAUAGUCAUGAAAGGGUUCAGCUUGAAGGAAGGAUUGAUCAUGAUUUGAUCCUACUUUGGUGGAUUCACAUUGAAGAUAGUAAUUCAAAAAAUUCGUGAAGCUCUGAGAAUAUGCAAGUGGAUUUGCAUUUUUUGCAGCGAAGUUGUAAAAGCAGCGUCAGACAGAUAGAUUAUUUAGCUGAAACUUUUAUAUAUUUUUUUGAAGUCUGAAAUUAAUUUGUUACUCGAUUAUUUUGAGCUGACUUUGGAGUAUUUGUUUUAUAAAUUGCGAUAUUUUUCUUAU